GGCAAGACACAAAAGAGGAUGUACCUUCAAACAGCUUCUGUGUUUCUGAGUCUUUCUGUCCUUGCUAUAAAUGCAUUCAAAGAUAAAUGUACAGAGAAAUUGGAGGGAGACCCCCAUACCAUUACACUGAAUUCAGCUAGACAAAAAGGAGAUGAACUCAUCUGGAAAUGCAACGAUACAGUGAUUUAUCAAAGGAUGAAUGAAACGGUCCGAACUACUUUAAAUGUGGAUGACAAAGGAUCCCUUUCUCUUACAAAUCUAAACAGUUCAAUGUCUUGCACAUACAAAGUUGAACAUCGAGACAUCCAUGGGAAAUUAAUUGUAACAAAAACAGAAACACUCUGUGUGUUGCCCAGGGCUCCGGUUCCAAAGUUGGCCGUGAAAUGUUCUUCAGCAGGUGUGGCGACCCUCCACUGUGAGCAUGAGAGCAUCACAAGUUUCACUCUCACCUGGCUCCACAACAACAAGGAGCUACGAGAGAAGAGUAACCCUUUUCAACCCAAGCAGCACGGAGAAAAGGAUCACUACAGAUGUAGACUGAGCAAUAGUCUCGACAAGCAGGACAGUAAAGAAGUCACCAUAUCAUGUGGAGUAUCUGAUGACAAGCUGAUCUGCAUUAAGAAACAGGUGAUGCUGGUGGUCCUGGCUGGUGUUGGAUUUCUAUUACUGGUUUUGACUCUGUCACUCGUGAUUGUAAGCUGCAAGAACUGCGGACAUCAAAAGAGGAAACAUGACAAUGAGGAACUGAGGCUUUGUUACCUCAAGGACACCAGCACGGAUCCUCAACAACUGAAGCAAGCUGCUCCUGAGGACUACUGCAACAUCCGGACCCCAGAGAUGGAGCCCGUCCCAGCUGCUUGCCAGCCCAGUGCUGAGCCCCAACCAGUCCCAACGGAAAAGGCCGCAGGGACACCGGGAACACCAGGAACACCAGGAACAUCGGGAACGCCGGUCCCACAGCCACGUCGGAAGCUCAACCUCAUCCCAAAGUCCUAGGACUAUGCCAGCUGAGAUUGCAUUAGCUGUUUUUGUUGCAUUUAUGACAUUAUGGUGUGGUAUAUUAUGUGUUCUUCUAUCUUAACAAAAAAUAUUCUUCUCCUGAUUAAAAUCAUCAUUCUUCUGAAGAAUGAUCUCAAUCAAAGACACAUUUUAUCUUCAGUGUGGGGAACUGAGAAAACAGUAAAUAAACCAAACUGAAGUUAACAUUACCGACCAUGUUUCCAUGAUCAGAAGGUUCAGUUCCUUGUCUAUCCUGUGUCUUUGUUAGUGCAUGAUUGCACUGCAUUGUUAGCCUUUGACUGCAUUUGUUUUCAGCAAGUUCAAAUAAAAUACUAGCCUGGCGGGCCAUCCUAUAUCAUU